GAGACCCACCUGUGGCAGACACUGUCAGGCACGAAGGGAAUAAGUUACUGCGUCUCCAGCAAGACCGUUACCGGGCACAAACCUUGUUGUUCUUCUUGAUUAUCUGAACUCGGACGAACCGUUAUACACAGAGUGAGCAUGACAUUAUUUUGUCAUCAACUUUUCAUCCUCCUAUGGAUUGUUGUCACAGUGUUGUCUUUUUCUUUAGGGGCAGAGUCCAACACUCAGACUCCUGGAACACAUGGCAGUCCUGGGCCCACAGAUACAUCCCUGACCCCAGGAGAUAGAUCCACCACCCUCUUAUCAACAAAGACCCCAGUCUCCACUGAACCCAGCUCCACCACCACCACCACCCAAGACCCCUCAACUGUCCUCCGUAGCACUGAUGGCACCUCACCCACAACAGCAGCCGUCUCUAAAAUGAAAGAGGUCUCUACUACGACAGACCUGACCUCAGCUUCUGAUACGACGGAGUCUACGGGAGCAGUCGGCACCACCGCGACAGAAACAAGAACUAUCUCGUUGGUCAGCACAGCAGAGAGGACUUCCUCCCACAAGACCUCGGCGUACACUGUCACGUCCCCUGAGGCGACGGAAAAAGACAGUCAAUCUACAGACAGUGGCAUGACAACACCCACCACCACACCUGCCCUUAGCAGAGGGGUCUCUCCGUCUACCACGGAACAUGCCGGAACCUCCUCCUCCUCCUCCUCCAUUGUCCCAACCAGCAGUACCAAAGAGCCAGGCACACAUGAAACAACAGCUAUCAAUACAGCUACCACAGAUACAGGUACCAAAGACAGUGAGACCACAGGUACAGGGAUCACAAAGUCCACCAUCCCACCAACUGGUCAGACCGCUCUCCCAGUAACUGAGGGUAGUACCCUGUCUUCAACACGCCCCUCCUCCACUACAAAGGGCACUGAUACCUCUCUCCCAGUAACUGAGGGUAGUACCCUGUCUUCAACACACCCCUCCUCCACUACAAAGGGCACUGAUACCUCUCUCCCAGUAACUGAGGGUAGUACCCUGUCUUCAACACGCCCCUCCUCCACUACAAAGGGCCCUGAUACCUCUCUCCCAGUAACUGAGGGUAGUACCCUGUCUUCAACACGCCCCCCCUCCACUACAAAGGGCCCUGAUACCUCUCUCCCAGUAUCACAUAGUACCUCGCCCUCUACCUCGACCACCAGCAAUACAGAGGGCUCCCAGGUCCCCACCACAAAGGGCCCUGAUACCUCUCUCCCAGUAUCACAUAGUACCUCGCCCUCUACCUCGACCACCAGCAAUACAGAGGGCUCCCAGGUCCCCACCACAAAGGGCCCUGAUACCGCUCUCCCUGUGACUGAUGGCGCCACGUCCUCAACCCCCACAGCUACCAUUACAGGGAGCCCUCAUACAGACAAAACCACUGGAGCAGAGGGGACCACCAAUUCUACAACCACAGCUGACACUCCAGCUUUGCCCCCCACCUCCAGCUCUGCCUCCAGCCCACCCUCUCCAGGCUCAACCCAAACCCCAGGCAGCAGCACUGAGGUCCCCGUAGACACCUCCACCACCACCCCUGCCCCCUCACCCACCAUCACACCUACAGGAGAAACCCCUGGACAACCAACUAGCAAAACUAGUGAGAGCCCACUUCCUCCUUUCCACACCUCCACCUCCCCUACCGGUGGAAUCACCACCCAGCCAGAGUCAGCCAUCACUGCUACCACAUCCCUGCCUCCACCCAUCUCCAUAGUGUGUCCCUCCACUCCCUGUCCGUAUGAUAGCAUCUGUCUCAAUGGCACCUGCCAGUGUGUGUCUGGGACCUUCCUCUUAGAGGGCCGCUGUGUACAAGCCCAAGUGUUCUCUGGAGACCUGCAUCUCAACCGAGCAUUUCAGGAUGAAAUGAGCAAUCGGUCAUCAGUGAUAUUUCAGCAAACAGCAGCCAGGAUCUCAGAGGCACUGAGAAGAGCCUUGGGAAAUGAGUCUGGAUACUACCAAACUGAUGUUGUGCUGCUGAGGCAAGGCAGUGUGAUAGCGACCGUCAACAAUGUGUUUAAACUAGGCUCCAGUGCCACCCAGACUUCGACCAAUGGCGCUAUAGAGAAAGCCAUACGAGCCUGUGGGACGACCUGUGGGACUAUACUGGAAAGAGCUACAUUUACCGCCACUGACCUAUGUGAUCAGUCCCCCCUACCGUGUGAUGUCCGCUCUACUACGUGCGAGUACAAAGAAGAUGGAGUGACCAGAUGCUCCUGUAAGGCUGGCUACAUCAACAGCUUCUACUCAAACCAAAGCUGCACAGCCUGUCCCAGUGGUCAAAAGUCAGAGGGAGACACAUGUGUGCCAUGCCCGUUUGGCUACGCUGGAUUCAACUGCACUGACUCGGCUCUGUUGGCAGUGGUGGUCAUCGCCUGUGUACUGGGGGGAGUCCUUCUCAUCAUGCUGCUGGCCUUGCUGGCAUAUUGCUGCUGGUACCGGUCACGGUCAGUGAAGAAGCCUUCAGCAGAGUUCAGCAGCCCGUACCCUGUGGAGGACUUCCGGGGCCCCUGGUCCACCACCCAGGGCAUCACCCCGAUCCCCCGGGCCAGCACCAACUGGGCCUCAACCCCCAUGGAGAUGACCGAAGGGGGCAGCACACACACCCUGGUCGACAUGAAGCCCCACACCAACGGAGCGGGAUUCCACAUCCUGCCUAAACGGGAGAAGAAGACCGGGUCGUAUGACCUGACCUCAGACAGCAUGAACACGUUCAAGGGGAAGAACCAGUCUCGCUACUCCUACCUGGUGCAGGGCCAUGAGAACCCUUACUUCAUACCUGCAGAUGACAGGAGACCCGUAUGAGAACCUCAGUGACGUCUGGAGACAAGGGCCCGUAUUCACAAAGCGUCUCAGAGCAGAAAUGCUGAUCUAGGAUCAUUUUUGCCUUCUUAAAUCAUAAUGACUAAAAAAAGGGGAGACCUGAUCCUGGAUCAGCAAUCCUACUCUUAGAUGCUUUGUUAAUAUUUGCCGUUGAGAGGAGAGAAGGACGGGUUAGAGAGAGGAGGGAAGGCUACAGGGAAGAUGGUGG